GCUGAAGUCUGAACUCCACCUUCAGGCAGAAUGAGGUUCAUCCCCGGAUGUCUGCUUCUCCUGCUGCUGGUCAGCAGCCUCUCUCCAGCCCACGGUGUUCUGGAGACCUUGAACACGUCCUCUAAGUGUAGAUGCAUGAAAUCGGUUUCAUCCCUAAAGAGGCGCAACAUGAUUGCCCAGCUUGCAGCCUAUGUGCCUGGGGAUGGUUGCCCACACAUGGAAGUCAUAGUCUGGUUGAAGAAUAGGUCGGUUCUAUGCUUGAAUCCUAAAUCCAAGUGGACACAAAAUCUGUUGGUAGAUUUACAGAGAUCCCAAGAGAAAGGGGGUCCGCAUACUAGACACAAGAAGCCCUGAUGCCAAUAUCCCAGCAAGGACACCUGCAUCCCUCCUCAUUCCUGCUCUGGGUUCAGUUUUAUGAUCAGUUGAAUCUUUUUAAAAUUUUUAUUUUAAAGAGCUUCCCCAUACAAGCAAGCAUGAAAAUACAUGUAAAAAUCACCCUUUGGAGGCUGAAAUGGCAAACUUAAACUUUUUGAAUAAAGAAGCCGACAUACAUGGAGUUUGCAUUCUUACUCAUCAGGGAGGAAAGUUCUAUUUAAGUGUCUUUUACUAAUAUCCCUAUUGCUGAAUGCUAAAUUUUCCUA